GGCUUCUGGGAAGGCUGCGGGUCAACAGUCAGGCGGCUCAGCUCCCAGUGCGCCGGAGGCCUGGCUCGGCGAUUUGUAGCCCUCAAGAGUCUUCAUGUUCUUCCAUGUUUCUCCAGAAAUAAGCCCAUUCAUGGAAAUCUGAAAAAUUUUAGACUUCCCAAGGUUUCUUACACCAAAACUAAAGGUAUAAUGGAGAAUAGCACAGUCUUGUCAAAUUGGACAAAAGAGAGCAAAGAAAAAAUGAAGUACGACUUUUCGUGUGAACUCUACAGAAUGUCCACGUACUCAGCUUUUCCCAGGGGAGUUCCUGUCUCAGAAAGGAGUCUGGCUCGUGCUGGCUUUUACUACACUGGUGUCAAUGACAAGGUCAAGUGCUUCUGCUGUGGCCUGAUGUUGGACAACUGGAAACAAGGGGACAGUCCUGUUGAAAAGCACAGACAGUUCUAUCCCAGCUGCAGCUUUGUACAGACUCUGCUUUCAGCCAGUCUGCAGUCUCCAUCUAAGAACAUGUCUCCUGUGAAAAGCAGAUUUGCACAUUUGUCACCUCUGGAACAAAGUGGCAGUCACCCCAACCUGUGCUCCAACCCUCUUAAUUCUAGAGCAGUGGAAGACUGCUCAUGGACGGUGAAUCCCUGCAGCUCUGCCAUGAGCACAGAGGAGGCCAGAGUUCUUACUUACACUAUGUGGCCAUUGUCUUUUCUGUCACCAGCAGAGCUGGCCAGAGCCGGCUUCUACUACGUAGGGCCUGGAGACAGGGUGGCCUGCUUUGCGUGUGGUGGGAAACUGAGCAACUGGGAACCAAAGGAUGACGCCCUAUCAGAGCAUCGCAGACAUUUUCCCCACUGUCCAUUUCUGGAGAAUACUUCAGAAACACAGAGGUUUACUAUAUCAAAUCUAAGUAUGCAGACGCACACCGCUCGAAUGAGGACAUUUCUAUACUGGCCAUCUAGUGCUCCUGUGCAGCCCGAGCAGCUUGCAAGUGCUGGAUUCUAUUAUGUGGAUCGCAAUGAUGAUGUCAAAUGCUUUUGUUGUGAUGGUGGCUUAAGGUGUUGGGAACCCGGAGAUGACCCCUGGAGAGAACAUGCCAAAUGGUUUCCAAGGUGUGAGUUCUUGAUAUGGAUGAAGGGUCAGGAGUUUGUUGAUGACAUUCAAGCUAGAUAUCCUCAUCUUCUUGAGCAGCUGUUGUCCACUUCAGACACCCCAGGAGAAGAAAGUACUGAUCCUCCAGUCGUGCAUUUCGGCGCUGGAGAAGGUUCAGAGGACGCGGUGAUGAUGAGCACGCCUGUGGUUAAAGCAGCCUUGGAAAUGGGCUUCAGUAGGAGUCUGGUGAGACAGACUGUGCAGCGUCAGAUCCUGGCCACUGGUGAGAACUACAGGACGGUCAGUGACAUUGUCUCAGCACUUCUGAAUGCUGAAGAUGAGAGAAGAGAAGAGGAGAAGGAAAGUCAGACAGAAGAGACGGCAUCAGGUGACUUGUCACUGAUUCGGAAGAAUAGAAUGGCCCUCUUUCAACAGUUGACACGUGUCCUUCCUAUCCUGGAUAAUCUUCUUGAGGCCAGUGUAAUUACAAAACAAGAACAUGAUAUUAUCAGACAGAAAACACAGAUACCCUUACAAGCAAGAGAGCUUAUUGACACCAUUUUAGUCAAGGGAAAUGCUGCAGCUAACAUCUUCAAAAACUCUCUGAAGGAAAUUGACUCUACAUUAUAUGAAAACUUAUUUGUGGAAAAGAAUAUGAAGUAUAUUCCAACAGAAGAUGUUUCAGGCUUACCAUUGGAAGAACAGUUGCGGAGAUUACAAGAAGAACGAACUUGCAAAGUGUGUAUGGACAGAGAGGUUUCUAUCGUGUUCAUUCCUUGUGGUCAUUUGGUAGUCUGCCAGGGAUGUGCCCCUUCCCUAAGAAAGUGCCCCAUUUGCAGGGGGACAAUCAAGGGGACUGUGCGAACAUUUCUCUCCUGAGUAAAGAAUGGUCUGAAAGGAUUGUUGGACAUCAGAAGCUGUCUGAACAAAGAAUGAUGCUUGUGUGCGUCCCUUCAGGACUUCCUGGAUUUGGAAUUUGGGAAAGCUUUGGAUUCAGGUGACGUGGAGCUUAGAAGCCUGAAACCAGUGGCCGUGGCCCUCAGCAGUUAGGGUGCCCUGUGCUUCUGGGAUUUUUCUGUUACUGGUAAGUAUUUUCUGUUUGUGAGAAACAUACUAAAGUGUUUUUUAAAGGCUUGCAUCAUCAUAGUGUGUGCAGUGAUGUAUGCAGGCAGAACACUGUGUAUAAUAAAUCUUUUAAAAUGUU